GAUGACCAACAUCCUACCAUAACACUAAGGAAUACAUAUGAUACAGAGUCUUAUCACUGAAAUUGACACUCCAGAAGGAUGGCUUUGAAUAAAUCGAUGCAUGCAAGGAACAGGUACAAGGAUAAGCCUCCAGACUUUGCAUAUCUGGCAUCCAAGUACCCAGAUUUUAAGCAGCAUGUCCAGAUAAAUCUGACUGGAAGAGUCAGUCUUAACUUCAAGGACCCUGAAGCUGUCAGAGCUUUGACUUGUACUCUCUUAAAAGAAGACUUUGGACUUUCCAUUGAUAUCCCAUUGGAAAGGCUCAUUCCUACAGUUCCACUUCGACUCAACUAUAUCCACUGGGUGGAAGAUCUGAUUGGCCCUUGGGAUCCAGCCAGGAGUGCCCUCCGCCGUGGGAUUGACAUUGGUACAGGAGCAUCUUGCAUCUAUCCUUUACUUGGAGCAACUCUCAAUGGCUGGUAUUUCCUUGCAACAGAAGUGGAUGAUAUGUGCUUUAAUUAUGCUAAGAAAAAUGUGGAACAGAAUAAUUUAUCUGAUCUCAUAAAAGUGGUUAAAGUACCACAGAAGACACUCCUAAUGGAUGCUCUUAAAGAGGAAUCUGAGAUCAUUUAUGAUUUUUGCAUGUGCAACCCUCCCUUUUUUGCCAACCAGUUGGAAGCCAAGGGAGUAAAUUCUCGAAAUCCUCGUAGGCCUCCCCCAAGUUCUGUAAACACUGGGGGUAUCACAGAAAUCAUGGCAGAAGGAGGUGAAUUAGAGUUUGUCAAAAGAAUCAUCCAUGACAGUUUGCAGCUGAAGAAGAGACUAAGAUGGUAUAGCUGCAUGCUUGGAAAGAAAUGCAGUCUGGCUCCAUUGAAGGAAGAGCUUCGAGUACAAGGGGUCCCCAAAGUCACGCACACUGAAUUCUGUCAGGGGCGCACAAUGAGAUGGGCCUUGGCUUGGAGCUUUUAUGAUGAUGUGACGGUACCUUCACCUCCAUCUAAGAGAAGAAAAUUAGAAAAACCCAGGAAGCCCAUUACAUUUGUAGUCUUAGCAGCCACAAUGAAAGAGUUAUCCCUCAAAGCUUCUGCUGUGGGCUCAGAGACUGUGGAAGGAAUAGCAGUUAUUACAACAUGGCUCGAAAAAAUCCUCACUGAUCUGAAGGUCCAGCAUAAACGAGUUCCCUGUGGAAAAGAGGAAGUUAGUCUUUUCCUAACAGCUGUAGAAAACUCUUGGGUUCAUUUAAGGAGAAAGAAAAGAGACAGAGUAAGGCAACUGAGAGAAGUUCCUCGAGCCUCUGAAGACUUCAUCCAGGCUAUGGAAGAGGAGAAACCCAUGUCCAAAGAGAUUGAAAAUAACCCAGAUUGCUCCAAGAACCCUGAUGAGAGUUCCCCACUCAGGCCUGCCAUAUGUGGAGCUGAAACAGUUGAGUCUGAAAGGCACCAUCCAGACCAAGGAGACAGUUGCCAAGAGCCAAUGGAGGAAGAGACUGAGAAAAAGGGAAGGACAGAGAAUUCAGAGUGUUCCAGGGGCUCUCUCUGUGCCACUGAGGAGCUAGAUGCUUCUGAAGAAGUCACCAAUACAGUGGCUGAAAAAGAGAAAAAUUCUGCAGGGACUCUUGGACAUUAUUUGUUUAAGUGUUUAAUAAAUGUCAAGAAGGAGGCAAACGAUGACACAGUAGUAGAGAUGCAUUGGGUUGAGGGCCAGAAUAGGGACUUAAUGAACCAGCUUUGUACAUAUUUACGCAACCAGAUUUUCAGGCUUGUUGCUAGUUAGCCAUAACAAUCUCCUGGCACAGCUGGGUCAGUCGGUAUAAGACAACUUGCCUUUUAGAACUUCUUUCUACUAAUUCAGGGGAAAAAAGAAUGACACUAGCACUAAUUUUUUUAAAAAGACUAUUCCAGUGGGUUAACACUGGAAUGGAUUUUUUUUUAGAUGUUGGGAAUCGCUGUGAAGUGACACCAGAGGACGUGUCCCAGGUAUCAAUAACAAUAAAAAAAAACAAAACCUAC